AUUAGCAAGCGGAACACACACACAUUGGCUGUUACAAGAGUUAGUCCCCCUCUCGAUUCUAACCAGACAAGCCCAGCAAUCUGUUAGUACUCAUUCAGUUCAGUCCAACAGGACCGCACUCUCAGUACGGAGAGCGCCCGGGAGUGGUACCGCAGGUAAUUUGCAGUGAUACAUCAUAAGAGAUCGAUGGCCAUUAUGAAGAACGAAAUCACUGGACACUUGAUCGCAACGGUCAUCUCUUCAAUCCUCAUCUUUCAAAGUUCAAUCGUCAACAGUUUGCCUCUACCGGACGGACGCCUCUCAACAUUAAAUGAAGCAACUUCAUCACCCACCGAUGCCAGCCAGAAUAGGGCGGAUGAGGGCGUUGUUCUUCUAGUGAAGGAUCAAACCAGCCAGCCGGCUGCAGCUCAGCCUCUUGAGAAUCCUUCGCCGAAAGUGCGCAUCCUUCCGCCAGUUGAAACGAUGCUGGAAAACGAAAUAUGGCAAUAUCGCUAUCCGCCUUUCGAUAACUUGUUCGACGAGAAAACAAACGAAGAUUCGGAUAAAGCCGAAGCGGCUUCAAGCGCAAGAUUGCCAAGAUUAAACACGGACGCUCUGCCCAGCUACGUCAUUGGAAUCUUAGAUCCAGCUGAACUGGUCGACGGACUCUUUCAGCAACGCCCGUUCACGUUCGGAUUAGUUCGCAGCCAACCGAAUGUCUUCAAUAAACGGAACUCGGGCUCGAAUGUCGACGAUGCCAUCAAACGAGAAGGAAAAGGCGUUGCGGAGUCAUCUAGAAAGAUCUUCAACGUACCCAGAAUUAUCAUCGAUUCAACAUCAGAUGACGAUCGCUGGGUGUGGCACAAUUAACUCUUUUUUUCUUUUCAAUUUUAAAUGUGUUGUUCGAUAGCCUUCUGAAACUCACGUUGCAUCUCAAAUGGAAGCCACCUGGAGGCUGUAAUCGUUUUUAUUUUCAUCCACUAUCCCGUCAUCCGAUUUCUAUAUAAAUUUUAAGAGAUUGUUUUUUUUUUUCCUAUUCCUUUUUCCAAUCUACUGUAACCGUUUCAAUACAAGACUUUUUUUUUUUUACGAAAAAAAAACGAUGUACUUGUAUUAAUCAAAAUAAUCAAGUCUUACUCAGUAAUCCUAUACGCAUCAUCAAUCGCUUUGUGGUGGAAAUGUAUACAACUUUCUUUUUAUUGGCGUUUCGACAGAGUUCGAGAUGCGGAUGGUGUGCAAGUCAAGGUAUAUAAUCAGUCAUUGCAUCAAGUUGGAGUUUGACGAACAAGUUGCAGUUGGCAUCGGUGCAACUAUUGCCGCAAUCUACUCUUUUCGACGAGGGCUUUUUCCGGCACGCAUUUCAAAAUUUCCUUUUGUUUGCCUCAGUCUUUUUUUACCUGUCCCGCUGUUUUCUUUCUCAAUAAGGCGCGGUCUUUCAAGGUAAAAAAAAAACCCCAAAAAAAACGUGAUCCAGGAAGACGUGUACGUCGUUUUAUUUAACUGGAAACGAUGAUGCCGCCAGCUGCGAAAGUCAUUGCUGUUUAGUGCAAGCAGAGUGGUAGUAGUACCGUUCCUUGUAAUUUCACAGCCGACUCGUGAAAACCAAAGUCGGGCGUGCAAUGCGUGAAAGUCCAAUUGUUUGUGUUUACCUCCAUUUUUUUUUUUUGUUGGCGUUAUUAACAUUCCGGAAACAGGGGAGGACAACGAUACGAAGGAAAAGUGAUUAGAAAAGGGGAAACUUUCUAAAACGACGUCUGGACAUCGUCUGACUACUUUUGUCCGGCAAGACAUUCAUCCAUACAGAACGUUCUUCUUCUUCUUUCUCCUCUUCGAUGUAUAGGGAAGUUCUUCUUUUCGUGGCUAUUAGAAACGCUGUCUGCGUAUCCAACUCGUCCUAUUUUCAUUCUCAUUAUUUCGACUCAGAUUUUGUUUUCCCAUCAUUGCCCGUUUUUUUUUUUUGGCACAGUCUUCCGGGAGAGUCACAGCAUCAACAGCUGGCGAUGUGUCACGCGUUCUGUAUUUAUUUUAUUUUUCAUUAUUUUUUCUAUUUCAGAAAGCACCUGGACCUGCACACUUAACGACAUUGUUGAUCCAUUUUCGUCCUUUUCCCUCGCGUUUUCCCUUUUUUUUUCUUUUUCUGGACGUCUGAUGCAACUCUGAAAUGUCUAAUAAAGAUAAUUCAAUUUAAAAACAAAAAAUGAAUCUUACCAUGAAACAUUCCAAAGAGUUAGCCCUUUAAUGGGACGGGGGGGGGGCCUUAUUAGUCGAGUUGCAUUCCGAUGCGCGCAAGUAUGUGCACGGUUUAGCUGCCGUCGACCGUCUGUUGAAAGGCAACGAAAGUGAAAGUUGUCACGCUACGUGCGGGGCCCGACGGAUGCAAAUGCCUCGCCUUAAACAGUUUUAGUUCCACAAAAAGAAAUACAUCGCACGCAUUCUCUCUCGUCAGAUAUGGUUGUCCAAAUACUUUCCAGUAUACUUGUCCAAAAUUUACACAAUUGCUGGCAAGUGAGGGCCAAUGCUGAAUCAACAAAUUUUCAUUUGAAAAACAAGCAACUGAUUGAGCUGAACUACCCCGACAUCUAAAAGAAAAUGAAUAAAAAGGAAAGCAAAAAG